GACAGCCAUGUGGUCUCUGUGGAAUCUGCUUCUCUGCGCAGCGCUCCUUCCCUUUGCAGUGACUGGCACCCAGGUGCUGAGCAAGGUGGGGAGCUCGGUGCUGCUGGUGGCAGAGGGGCCCCAUGGCUUCCAAGUCCGAGAAGCCAUCUGGCGAUCUCUCUGGCCUUCUGAAGAACUCCUGGCCACGUCUUUCCGGGGUUCCCUGGAAACCCUGUACCACUCCCGCUUCCUGGGCCGGACUCAGCUACACACCAACCUCAGCCUGGAGCUUGGGCCCCUGGAGUCUGGUGACAGCGGCAACUUCUCCCUGACGAUGGUGGACACAGGGGGUCAGACGUGGAGCCAGACUCUGCAGCUCAAGGUGUAUGGUGCGGUACCCAAACCCACCAUUCAAGUGUUUGUUGCUGUAGCAGGGGUUACCCAGCCCCCAAAUACCUGCCAGGUUUUCUUAACCUGCUGGACCCCUAAUACCAGUGAUGUUACCUAUACCUGGCAACGGGAGGGGCCAGAGGACUUUGGAGUGCAACUACCCAGCCUUUCCACGGAGGGACAGGGGCUGCAUGUUUCGCUGGGACCAGGAGACAAGGAUGCGGCUUAUUCCUGCAUUGCCUCCAACCCUGUCAGCUUGGAUGUGGCCACAGUCAUCCCCUGGGAGAGCUGCCAUCACGAGGCAGCCCCAGGGAGGGCCUCCUACAAGGACGUGCUGCUGGUGGCUGCGCCCGUCUCGCUGCUCCUGAUCCUAGCUGGUCUCUUCUGGGUGUGGCACCGUGGCCCCUGCGCAGGGACAAAGAAAGAUGCCUGUGCUGACAGAGUGGCUCCAGAAACAGAAACCCCCCCUGUGUAAGAUGUGCCAAGAAGGACAACAUCAGGUGGUGCCUGGAUCACAAGGAGGUUCCCUGACCAGCUGAACAAUGCUGUGGAACAUGGCUGGUGCCUGGAAACUGCCGGGGUCCUAUCUCCCACACCGCCUCGCCUCUAAGCAGGCUGGGCAGUCACUGCUCUGUGAAGAUAGAAAGUGCUUCUUUCUCCCCACUUGGCUCUUCUCUUAGCAAGGUGAGCUAAGAGGUCAUCCCUCAAGAACCCCAGUUCUCCAGAAUCUAUAAGGACAUCUAUACAGACAUUGAUUGCCCAAGGUUCCUCACCACUGUACAUGAAGUAUUACCCAACUACCCCCAGCCGAGGUCCUGGACUCUAAGAUACAUCAGAUAUUUGAACAAAUAGGGAAACAGAAUCACCUGCUAGUGCUCCAGAUUUGGAGCUUCCUGAUGCUGGAGAGGGGAUCAUGGGACAAGGUCUAGAACCAGAGAGAUGGAAAACAGAGGUUUCUCUUCCUGGCCUAAAGGUCUUUCAAGUCAUCUGAAUUCAUGGCCCAUCAAAGGCAAAUGAUAGUUGUGGGCAACUAAUAGACGCCUUCACCUCCACUGACCUCAGGCCUCCUGUAUGACCUGAGGCUGGUAUUUGGAGUUCUCUUCUUCCAUCCUAGCACAGCAACCAGAAAAAGAGACGGUGGAUUUGGCCCAGCCAGCAGGAAAUUCUUGAACAGCUUCAAGAAAAACUGCUGAAGUCAGGAUAAGUCUUUCUUUCUGAAACUGGGAGAGCAAAUCACCAUGAAGAGCUACACAGACGGAAAAUGAUGGGGAGGAAGGAAGGGCACUGAAGCAUUCUGGGAUCUGACACAUUGAUUUUCAGAUACAAGUAUGGACAAUCCAUACAAGUUCAAGGGGAGAGACAAGAGAGACCCUACUACUUAAAGG